GAUGCUGAUGAGACCGUGUCUCGUUAUCGUGCUCAUCGUGGCAAGUUUCGGUUCAAAGGUCACCGCUCCGAGGAAGCCAGCCAGUGCCUACGGUCAGCACCGGGACUAUCUUAUCCCACGGCACCAGCAGCGCAGGAGCAGAACUCAACCCCGCAACAUCCCCCCACCCCCACCACCGAGUCCGCUCGAAUCGGUGGGCUCGAAUUAUUCGGACUACCCAUCCAAGUUGCAGCGACUGGCCAAGUCUUUCAUUAGGUUCAACCGGCAUGAAGCGACCCAGGUCAAAGUAGAUAUGACGGUGGGAGAAGUGGCACAAUUGCUGCAAAUGAUGUACGCCGUGGUGCAAAAUGACGAAUGCGCCAAUUUCAGUUUCGGUUUCCGGACGGGUUACUACAAUUGCGUUUCCAUGUACCGACUAUUCAAGCGAGUGCCCAUUGAGUACCGGGGAGCCUGUGCGAAUGCUUACCUUGCCGGUUGCUAUAAGUGGCGCCUGUCCAACGGCGCGAGGAAGGGAUGCGCCUUCUUCAUCAAGACGUCUCCUGGAGAGAGCUCCCCUGUCCAGGGCCAGUGGCAAUCCAUUGAGACCUGCGCAAAUGGACUUUUUGCAGUUGUAGCCCCGUAUUUUCAGGAUACGGCUCCUCCCCCUCCUACCUUCGACUAAUAUGACGCCCUGUCACUCAAAUGAAUAUAAAUCAAAAUAUUUCUGAGAAAAAAAAA